CACACACACACAGAAACAGGAAGAGAGAGAGAGAAAGAAAGCGGAAAACUUCAUCUGAUCUCUAAAUAUUGGGUGUAAUUUUAAAUCUGAUCAUGAUAUGAACCACAGUUCGUAAAUGUCAAUAAUCGGAUGUAUUAAUGACACUCGUGCAGGGUGAUAGAUCAGACAGCUUAAGAGAUAUAAAGCGCAGUUUGUUUAUUGCUUCAGAGGUCGAGGCAAACUUUAACGACUAAAUUAAUACGCGCGUGGCUUUUGCGAGGAGAUCUAUGGAUUAUGAUCUGCUGUUUCACGCUCCAGAGCUGAAUAUUGAAUCGUGAUAGGAAUCGGGGUUCAAAUUUCCCUCCCUUUCCUUUGUGCCGGGGGAAGAGCUGAGGUCGGCGGCGCGCAGCAGCAGCAGCAGGCCGCGGGAUCAGAAGCUCUGAGCGGGGACAGCGUGAGUGAGUGCGGGGAUCCGAGCCCGCGCAUUUUCCGGUAAAAUACGUGAUUUUAACUCCAGCUGUAACCAUGGAUCAAUACUCAGCGUCUGGUGGCCCUACCAAAAGUGGCAAAGAUAAAGAAAAAGAAAAGAAAAGCAAGAAGAACUACGACGAUGGAGAAAGCAAGAAGAAGUUUACUCUCAAACGGCUGAUUCCUGAUGAGCUGGAGCGGUUCACCAGCAUGAGGACAAAGAAGGAAAAAGGAGGCGUCCCUGGAAACAGACACUCAUCCGCUAUCCAGUAUGAAGUUCCAGGUCAUAGCAGCUCACUACACGAGCACUCCGAUGAGUAUGUGCUACAGCUCUUUGAACAGAUGCUGGUUGAUAUGAAUCUGAAUGAUGAAAAGCAGCAACCGCUGAGGGCGAAGGACAUCUCCAUCAAGAGAGAGAUGGUGUCUCAAUACCUGCACACGUCUGCUGCUGGGAAAAGUCAAAAGGAAAGUUCAAAGUCGGCGCUGAUUUAUAUUCAAGAGCUGAGGACGGAUCUGAGAGAUGCUACCCUACUGAGCUGCCUAGAGUCACUUCGGGUGUCUUUAAACAACAACCCUGUCAGUUGGGUGCAGACGUUUGGAGACGAAGGUUUGGCUUUGCUCCUGCAGUACCUGAAGAGACUUCAAGAAGAUAGAGAAGAACCUGUGAAUGGUGGGAUUGGCGUUAAAUGUCAACAUGAGAUCAUUCGAUGUCUCAAAGCCUUCAUGAACAACAAGCACGGUCUUAAAGCCAUGUUAACAUCAGCAGAAGGAAUUCCUCUCCUUGUCCGGUCCAUCAAUCCAAAGGUUCCUCACAUGAUGGUGGAUGUAGUCAAACUGCUGUCUGCUAUCUGUAUCCUGGAGCAUCCAGACAACCCCCAUGAACGGGUUUUGGAGUGUAUCACAGAGCAGGCCGAGGAGCAGGACAUCGAGAGAUUUCAGCCUCUGUUGUCCGGCAUGCACAAAAACUCCAUCGCUCUGAAGGGCGGCUGUAUGCAGCUGAUCAAUGCUCUUAUCAGUAGAGUAGAAGAACUCGACUUUAGGAUUCACCUGCGAUCAGAACUCAUGAGACUCGGUCUCAGAGACCAGCUGGGGGAGGUAAAGUUGAUAGAGAACGAGGAGCUCCGGGUUCAGCUGCAGGUGUUUGAAGAACAGGCCGAGGAAGACUGUGAAGAUCUUCGCAGCCGUUUGGAUGAUGUCCGCAUUGAGAUGGAUGAUCCGACCGAGGUCUUCCAGAUCCUUCUGAACACCGUGAAGGACUCGAAAGCCGAGCCUCUCUUUCUGUCCAUGAUGCAGCACCUGCUGUUGGUCCGAAACGACUACAUGGUUCGGCCUCAAUACUAUAAACUCAUUGAUGAAUGUACAGCUCAGAUAGUUUUGCAAAGGAAUGGCUGUGAUCCCGACUUCAAAUGCAAGAAAUUCGAUCUGGAAGUUGGGCAUCUCAUUGAUAACAUGGUUGAUCAGAACAAAGUGGAAAUUAGCGAAGCCAAGGCCACAGAGCUGGAAAAAAAGUUGGAUGCAGAAUUAAUGGCGCGGCACGAGCUGCAGGUGGAGCUGAAGAAGAUGGAGGCCGAUUAUGAGCAAAAAGUUCUGGAGCUGAGCACAGAGAAAGACACACUGGGAAAUGAGAAAACUGAGCGAGAGAAAGAGAACCUGGUGCUGCAGUCUGAGAUCAACAAGCUGAAAGAAAAGAUUGAAAAGCUUUCAAAAGAUCUAGAAGAAGCCAAAACCAAAGUCAUCACUGUGCAUGUGCCUGUGGCUCCACCCCCUGGUCCAUCAACUGGCCAGCCAAAUUCCACCAAGCCCCCACCACCACCCAGUGGCGCGGGACUACCUGUACCUCCACCUCCUCCACCACCUCCUCCACUGCCUGGACAAGCCACCAUGAUGCCCCCACCUCCUCCACCCUUACCAUGUGGGGCAGGUUUGCCCCCUCCUCCACCUCCUCUACCUGGAGCACAUGGUAUGCCCCCACCGCCUCCACCUUUGCCCGGAGGACCUGGUAUGCCCCCACCUCCUCCUCCUUUACCUGGAAUGCCCGGUAUGCCGCCUCCACCACCCCCUCCACCCGGAAUGCCUGGCAUGCCUCCGCCCCCUCCAAUGGGUGGUCCUGGGAUGCCUCCGCCACCGCCGGGCGGUUUUGGUGGAUGGGCGCCUGCAGUUCCUCAACUGCCCUACGGCCUACAGCCCAAGAAAGAUUACAAACCUGAGGUUCAACUGAAGAGAGCCAACUGGAGCAAGAUCGCAGCCGAGGAUCUGAAUGAAAACAGCUUCUGGGUGAAAGCUAAGGAGGAUCGCUUUGAAAACAAGGAGCUGUUUGCCAAACUCACGCUCACCUUCUCUACCCAAACCAAAACUAAAAAAGAUCAGGAGGGGGCAGAGGAUAAGAAAGUUGCUCAGAAGAAGAAGGCGAAAGAGUUGAAAGUGUUGGACUCCAAAACAUCCCAGAAUCUCUCUAUUUUCCUGGGUUCGAACCGGCUGCCCUAUGAAGAGAUGAAGAAUGUCAUUCUAGAGGUCAAUGAGAAAGUACUCACAGAAAAUAUGGUGCAGAGUUUACUGAAGCUUCUGCCAGAACAGGAGCUACUGAACACAUUAUCAGAGCUGAAGGACGAGUACGAGGAACUCGCCGAGUCUGAGCAGUUUGGAGUCGUGAUCAGUUCAGUGAAGCGUCUGAAGCCUCGUCUCAGCUCCAUCCUCUUCAAACUUCAGUUUGAAGAGCAGGUGAAUAACAUGAAGCCGGACGUGGUGGCAGUGACAGCAGCCUGUGAGGAGCUCAGACAGAGCGAAGGCUUCACCAAACUGCUGGAGAUCACACUGCUGAUGGGAAACUACAUGAACGCCGGCUCACGAAACGCCAAGGCCUUUGGGUUUAGCAUCAAUUAUCUGUGCAAGUUAAGGGACACUAAAUCUGCAGAUCAGAAACAGACCCUGCUGCAUUUUCUGGCUGAAACUUGUCAGGAGCAACACCCAGAGGUCAUGACUUUCCCGGAGGAGCUUCUCCAUGUGGAGAAAGCCAGUAGAGUCUCGGUGGAGAACCUUCAGAAGAAUCUAGAUCAGAUGGAUAAACAGAUUAAAAACCUGCAGAAGGACAUUGAAACUUUCCCCCCUCCGCAGAGCGACAGGGACAAAUUUAUCGAAAAAAUGACCAUUUUUGUAUCAGCUGCCCGUGAGCAAUUCGGGAAAAUCCAGUUGAUGCAUGAGAACAUGGAGAAGCAGUAUGAGGACUUGGCCAAGUAUUAUGUGUUUGACCCUAAGAAGAUUACACCAGAGGAGUUCUUUGGUGACCUUAAUAACUUUAGGAACAUGUUUCAGACAGCGGUUAAAGAGAAUCAGAAACGGAAAGAAGCAGAGGAGAAGAUUCGCCGAGCCAAACUCGCACGAGAGAAAGCUGAACGAGAAAAAGAGGAGAAACAGAAGAAAAUGAGCGCCGGACAGAUUCCCAAUAUUAAUGAUGAUGAUGAGACUGGCAUCAUGGAUGGUCUGUUAGAGGCACUUCAGUCUGGGGCAGCUUUCAAGAGGAAGAGAGGACCACGACAAGCAGCCAAUAAUCGGAGAGGAGCCGGUCAAGCCGUAACAAACUUCCUGGCCAAAGAGCUCCUACAGGAGGGCGCCUCGUCCGCUGCCACCAAAAAGACACGAGUGGACGUUGUGGACAAUAAAGAAUCAUCACCUGUAGACUCCAGCUCACUAGAGGAUCUGUUAGACGACGCACCAUUUAGGUCAAAUUAGGGAAGUCGUCUUCUGAUCCAGCAUCUUGCUAUUUAGACACAAAUUGCGCUCUGGGACCAAGUGUGUGCUGUGUGUGGGCCGGGCUCUCGCUAGACCACACCCCUUACCCCAUGCAGCUUCCUGUUAGCUGUCACAUUGGAGGAGGGGUUCUCUUCCAUUCUUUGAAAAGUGGUGUAAACUUUUCACAGCUUUGAUAUUUUUCUCUGUCGCAUGUUUUCAUUUUCCUCCACUCUGCUCUGAUAUAAUGUAUUCAUCUCACCGGUUAGAGUCCAAAGGUUUGUGUGAAUGUCCCGAGACUGAAUUCAUCUCAAUUCAAACUUCACGUUUUUUUUUUUUUUUUAGAAAUAUUACAUGGCUCAGUGUUUGAAGUGAUGUUACUUGUGCCAAUAAUCGCGAGCCCAUAAAUACAGUUCAGAGUGUUGUUUAGUUGGUGUCUAUUGGACCUGUUCUCACUGAGGUUCUGUAGCUCAUCAAAAGUUAAGGAAGGUCUGGUACCUGUUCACGAGGUUAGUUUUCUUAUUCUUCUGUAUGUCGCUUUUUCAUUCUGUCAUUUUAAUCGAAAGAUGUUGGCCACAGUCCUUGUCUUUGUUUCAUGAAACUCGAGCAGAGUUGUUUUGCAAAACGGUUCUACAAAUAAUUUUCACACAUCUGUCUUGUAUUUUAUGGAGAGCUGCAGUCAGCGUGCCGCUCUUGUGUGUCACAAAAAUAUUUUAUUAAUAUGUUGGCGAAAUCUGCUUUUUUACACACUGAAGGUCCAGACUGCAGAUGCACAUCAUUCUCAUAAGAUAAAUGACAGAUGUUGAGAUGUCCGAGCUGAAAACUACAAACAUUUUAUGAGUGUUAUCCGAGGCAGAUCUGGGUGACUGUAGCACUAAAUGUGUUCACGGGUUACACUGGUGUUCAAGUUAAAUCAUCUCAUAGAUUUGUUGUAUGUUUGUCAUUUUCAUUGCAGUCCAGUAAUCUAAUUUCCCUCUUAAUCUACGUCUACAUAACGUGAGAAGUGUUGAAAGUUUCAGCUGUUAACUCAUUGUAAGAGUAAAAAGUUCAUAUUUACAGGGAAAUUUUUUUAGAUUAACCUGAAUGUCUGAGGGUAGAGAUCACUGUCUUAAGCCAAAACCCAACUGCGAUUGUUCAGACAUCAUGAGAAAUUGUCUUCUGGAUUUUGCUUUUAAAAUAAAUAUAAGAUGCAGAAUGUGACAAUAGUUAAAGCGAUGAUCAGAUCUCCGGCCGCGGCUUGGACACCAGCACAUCUCAAAGCGUUCUAGGUUGUGUUCUGGAGAUAGCCAAAUUUCCAAAGUUUUUGUUUUGGGGAAUUUGUGCAGACUGCAUUUUGGAGACAUGCAAGGCACCGAAUUCAAGGCACUGGUUGCUGGGCUUACAUGUGCCCAACAUUUUCACCUUCUUGGGAGAAGCUGAUAAAUGUCACUUAAUAAAGACGCUCUUUGUUUAGAUUUUUUAAGUACAAGGUUUUCUAUGUCAAUUUUUAUUGUUGAUUAUUUUACUGUAACAAUAUAGAGAUGUAUUGGUGAUAUUUGGUCAGAUUGUGUAUAUGAGAUUGACUUUAGAGAUUUGUUUGGAUUAUCUCUGAAAGCACACCAUUAAAAGAUCUUUAAUACGUAA